AGUGCUUCAGACAGCCUUGGUACAGAAGAACAUGAUCUAGGCUGAAGCAUCAACUAAAUCAUUUUUUUUGUUUCACUUCAAAAUCUCAACUACACCAUCAUGGAUUCAAGAGCUGCACACAGCCCUGUGUUUCUAGUGUUUCCUCCAGACAUCACUAUGCCCGAGUUUCAGUCAGGGCAUGUUACAGGCACAACCUAUGACUCUAGCAUGCCCUUUCCAAAAUUACUUGCUACAAGAAUGAAAAUCUUAGGGGCUGUCCAGAUCCUGCUUGGAGUGAUGACCUUUUCUUUUGGAAUUGUUCUCCUUUUCACCCUGGAAGAUCCAUACCCAAGGUUUCCCUUUAUAUUUAUUUCAGGAUAUCCAUUCUGGAGCUCCAUUUUGUUUGUUAAUUCUGGAGCCUUUCUAGUUGCACUGGAAAGAAAAACCACAGAAACCCUGGUGACGCUGAGCCGAGUAAUGAACGUGCUGAGCGCCGUGGCAGCGGCCGCUGGCAUCAUCCUCCUCGUCAUUGGCUACCUUAUAGAUCAAGACUUCUUCUGCGGCUAUGCUGGAGAAGUUAGUGAGUGCCAGGCGGUUACCACCCUCUUCAUUGGAAUUUUGGUUAUGUUGAUGGCCUUCAGCAUCAUUGAAUUUCUCAUUUCCCUGUCUUUCUCCAUUAUGAGGGGACCCACCGAGUGUGGUGACUGUGAGGAAUGGGACGAAAAAGAACUGUGAGAAUAAAGGCGUGAUAUA